GUUGUCGAUCGUGAGCGGUGGAAUUUUGUUAAAGGAGAACUGAAUCCUGCAGAUAUCCCCACUAGGAUAUCAACUAGUCUAGUUGAGUGUUUCUCAGGAUGUUGGUUUACUGGUCCUUCGGUGUUGUUGUCUCAACCUUCUGCAUACAGAGGCGAGAGAAGUGAUACUCUUUGUGAUCAAACGUCUUUGGGCGGGAAGGUUGUGGAAGAGGUUAGUCAUUCUUCUGAUGUUCUUUUCAACAACGCAACACGGAAUGACAUACCAGGCGAAACGUGUUCAUUGUCUGAUGUCAUAGACUGCACUCGGUAUAGCUCGUUGAACAAGUUGGUUGUCACCACUGGUUACGUGAUAAGAUUCUUGAACAAUUUGCGAAAACGAACGAAGAACCAUGGAAACUUAAUCACGGAGAACGUUCUAACGGCUGACGAAUACGAGCAAGCGUUACACAUGUGGAUUAAAGAAGAACAAUCUCUGAUAAAGGGACAAUCAAAUUUUGCUAACGUUUGUGCUUCAUUGAAUUUGUUCGAAGACAAAGACGGAUUUUUACGGUUAAAGGGACGGUUCGCUAAUUCUAAUCUGCGGUACCAAGACCAGCAUCCAAUGAUAUUACGAGGAAACGAAAGCUAUUUCACACAAUUAGUCAUUUGGGACGCGCAUAAGGCGAGUAUGCACCACGGAGUGAAGUCGACAUUGGCAAGAGUACGGUCAAACUACUGGAUUGUGAAAGGGAGAAAAAGUGUCAAGGAAGUCCUCAGAAAAUGUGUGAUUUGCAAACGGUACCAAGGAAAGCCGAUGUGUGCUCCUGCUAGUCCUGAUCUGCCACAGUGUAGAAUCGAUCAUUCGGGAUUCGCGUUUCAAGCGACGGGCUUGGAUUUUGCUGGACCGUUGUUUGUGAAAGAUGGUGCAGAAACGGUCAAGACGUACAUUCUACUGCUAACGUGUGCCACAAGCAGAGCGAUCCACCUCGAACUGGUCUACUCGAUGUCAAGUGACGGAUUUUUGCGAGGAUUCGGAGAUUUGUAG